CAGCAGCGAUCCGCACCGACUGACACCCCGCCCGGCCAAUCGAGCUGCACACGCCGGCCCUCGGGCCGGGCUCGGCCCCGCGCUCAAACCGGCAGCGCCAAGCCUGCUCCAUGGAGGCCGUACUGGGGCAGGUGGAGCAGCUGCCCGCGCUCCUGGCCGUGUCCCGCUCCGCGCUGGUGCGGGACUGGGACUGCCUCACGCUGGACAGGGCUCUGGAGUGGGCCCGCUAUUUCCAGCACCUCCAUGACCGGUUCCGUGCCCGUCCCCAGCUCCGGGAGGCCCUCGGGCGGCGGCUGCGCCGCUCCCAGCCGUGCCCUCUGCUCGGCUUCCCCGCGCUGGGCCGCUGCCCGCAGCUGCUGGGGCUGGCGCUGCUGGAGAACCGCGCUCUGCCGCCCGCCGCCUGCCGCCGCCUGCUCCGCAGCCUGCUGCCGCCUCCCGCCGCGGGGCCUGCCUCCGACCCCCGCGGGCUGGGGCUGCUGGCCCGCCGCAAGGCCGCUGCCCGCCUGCUGGCCUUGCCCCGCCGCGGCCCCGGGCCCGAGCCGCAGCUGCAGGCGGAGGCGCGGCUGCUGCUGAGCCGGCUGCGGCAGGAGGCUGGGGAGGCCGCGGGGCGGCUGUGCGGGGCUCAGGAGGGGCAGCAGGCUGGGGAGGCCGAGGGGCGGCUCUGCGGGGCUCAGGAGGGGCAGCUGCGCUGGUUGUGCGGGGCUCUGGAGCUGCUGCCCCAGCCCCGCGCCUUCGGGGUGGUGGCGGCGGCGCUGGCUCUGCUCAAGCAGGGCCAUGGCGCUGAGCAGGCCGGGGAUGGGGGCAGCAGCCCAGGCGGGUACCAAGAGAGUGCUGCAGGAAAGGAAUGCACCGCCGGGCUCCUGCUUUCCUGGCUGCUGGGCAACCAGGAACGAUUUUCUGCCUUCUGCCUUUGCAUCCCAUGUUCCCAUCUCGCCUUCCUGGCUGGUCACUACUCCCAGUUAUGCAGAGCUUAUCUGGACCUCUUAACCGGCUGGGGAAGGCACUUGCACUAUGACCCCUUGCAGGGACAGUGGGUCAAAAGUUGCGUUGAGAAAGCUGAAUUGUCCUGGGAGGAAUUGAGGGAGCGCUUCAUCUGCCUCUCUGAGGGAUCCACGCCGCUCAAAGAACAGACCCAAGCUGCCCUGGAACUCCUGAGGACACAAGAUGGAGACUUCCGAGUCCGUGGCCUAAGUGUGUGGACUGACUUACUGAUGGAAAUAGGCUACUCAUGCAUGGACACAAAAGCAACAAAGAAACUUAAAAAAUCAAGUAAAUCUGGUUAACUUUAUUUGGUGUGAAAGGCCAGGCAGCUACUCCUCACUUCGUUGAAAACCAAAUGUUACUGUGACUGCUGAUCACAAUGAUUCUGACUGCAUCUGGUUCUGAAGUCUUUCAGUGAGGCCUGGUGUUUUCUUGUGGUUGUGCUGUCAUUUCUGGUCAACACAGAAAAUGUCUUCCUUUCUAGUACUUGCUGAUUAAUUACCUAAUAAAAUGAAGAAAAUCCGUUCUGCUUCA